CACUUGAAAAACCUUGCUUGUCUAACAACUUUCUCAACAUUAACCUCCUUGCAAAAUCCAUCUACACCUCAAGGGAGACAUCAUUUGCUCUACUUUUGGGAACCUCAGGAUUAGGGGUAGGUAUUUUUUUGUUAUUAACUCCUGCUGAGGGUGUUCUUUUAUAUGUUUUGGUUUUGAGUUUUUUCUGUCCUCGGGUAUUAAUUCACAGCGAACUUGGAAAGGGAAAAAUGGGUCUUUUGUCAUAUGUAAAGGGGUGUGCUUUGCAAUUGUCACGGUAGCAGCUUUCAUUUCUGCUCGAAUGAAUAAUUUUGCUUUUAACUUCUUCAACAUGCACACUUGAGACAGUUCUGGAGGGGCCAAGAGACGUUACACCAAAGUGUCUUGAAGUCCUCUACUGGUUUAGAUGUUAUCUUUAUUUUAAUUUUUAUGAAUUUGUCUAAGUUCUUCAAGUGGUUGCAUCAUCUUGAUUUGAACUAGUUUGCAUGUAGAAGUCUUUGCAGCUUCAGCAGAAUGCAUGGUUUUAGAUGAUUGGGAUUAUAAUAAUGUAUAUCGUUCUAUUACGAUUGGGUUGUUUUAUGGUGAUUGUUUCUAAACUUUCUCCAAAAAAGUGGGGUUCUUCUGGAACCUCAAGCAUUGCAUUGGUUGCCCUUCUGGGUCUAGUCUCUUUUCUGCUUUCUCAAGGGAUUGAUAUCAGGCUUAAUCUUGCUGCCAUACUGCGCCUGGCCUUUUUAGACUAUCUUCCUUGGGGGUACAUGUUUAACUUUAAUCUCGAGUUACUGGCCUCCGUAUAGGCAUCGGAUUCUAGUUCAUGAAGCAGGCCACCUCCUUGUUGGUAUGUAAUACUGGCAUUGUUCACCUUAAUGUUAUUAUGGUUUUUUUUAAAGACAAAAUCGGAAAUAUGAAUCCCUGCAUUGGGACACUUUUUGCAUGGUCAUUUCUGCAUGUUUAGCAGUGGCCAAAGGGCUGAUGUUCUCUUCAGUGUCUUCUGGUUCUUUGACAAUGAUCUUGGCAUAUGACAUUGGCUUACGAGCAUAACUAAUGUUCUUUUGCUCAUUUAUUUGGAGUGUAGCUUAUGGGUUGCCCAAUUCAUGGAGUGAUUUUAGAUCCAAUUGCUGCAAUGCAGAUGGGCAUCCAAGGGUAGGUAGUCAUUAUGAAUUUUUUUUAAUGACAUUUUUCUCUAAGUAUUUUUGUAAAGUAAAUCAAACUGCAUGCUGUAUGCUGUUUGAUUCUUAAGCAAUAUAAUCUUUUGUUGACA